AUGUUGUUCAUAUUAAUGAUAUCUUUGUCUUUAUCCGCACAAGGAUUUGCUAAGCCAUACCUAACCCAGAACUUUGAUGACAAUUUCAAAUUCAAAACAAGAAGAGAUUGGGGCUCAAAACCUGCGACUAGUGUCAGACCACUAACUCUGCCUGUUCCUUACGUUAUCAUCCAUCACAGCUACACCCCACCUGCAUGUCAGACAUCAGACCAAUGCGAAGAAGCUAUGCGAUCAAUGCAGGAGUACCACCAAGUUACAAGAAAUUGGGUUGACAUCGGUUACAAUUUCGCAGUGGGAGGUGACGGUGUGGUGUACGAAGGACGAGGCUGGACCAACAUUGGUGCACAUGCUUCUGAAUACAACUCGGUCAGCAUUGGUAUCGUACUGAUAGGAGAUUGGGUCUCUUCAGUUCCACCAGCUCAUCAGCUUCAAACAGCAAAGAAACUGAUAACCAAAGGCGUUGAAUUGGGCUACAUCAGUCCUAACUACAAACUGAUCGGUCAUCGACAGGUCAAAGAAACAGAAUGCCCGGGACAGGCGCUGUUCAAUGAAAUCUCGACUUGGGAUAGAUUCGAUCCCAAUGUCAAAAGAAAAAGUUGAUGGAAAAUUAUA